AUGUUUGCACGCUCUAAGUCGAUUCUUCGGCAGACACUUCUGAGAGCACUCAAGUCCCGGCGAUUGAUGGCCACUCGGAAUGCUUUUGAUUCUCCCUUCCAAUAUCACAAGCGAAGUAAGCCUUAUGUUCGAUGGCCCUUGACUGCCGUUUCCUUUUUAGGUGGAGCUUACAUGGCUUAUAAUGAGACUCUUUUCGACUAUUAUGCACGCGUGACAGAUACUUCUGACUCACUGCCGCUAUCUGCAUUGCAGCUUGAAUACAAAUUAAAAAAUUUGCCCAUAUACGAGAGGCUCUCACAUCCAAAGCCUGGAGAAAGAUGGAUAAAAUUAUACUCGUGGGAGAAUUUGGACCGAAAUCUACUUGAAAGUCGUGAGUAUUCAGAUGCCAAAAAAACUGAGGUGGAAUACCAGAAGAUCUCGGUGCCGUCUCACAUUUUGGCCCAACCGGGAGGAAUCAUGAUACAGCCUGUUAUUUUUCACAACCUCGACACUGACGAAUGUGUGACCAUCAUUCACGCCGGAUACAAGCUUUGUGGUUACCCUUUUAUGGUUCAUGGAGGCAUAAUUGCUACGUUUCUCAACGAGUCCUAUAAGAGGGCUGCGUCGCUCUCUAAAGAAACGAGCUCCAACUUGAAAGGUGAUUAUAAAGUUGAGAACUUAACAAUCAAUUAUAAGUCGCCUACUCUCGCGAAUCAAUUUUUAAUUCUAAGGACAACAAAGUCGCCUAAGGAAGAGGAUGAUUCGAGUGUCAUCAGUUUUGAAAGUAAAAUUAUCUCUGAAAGCGGUAAAUUGUUGGUCAAUAGUGAAGCUUCUUUGAGAAACACGGGGCGGGCAUCGUUAGCACAAGGCUCACGAUUAUUCAGUUGGAGGAGUGGGUGA